AUGACGUCAGGAAUCAUUUCUAGUUUCCAACGAGGAUUUCUGGAGCUUCUCUCAGUCGCCGGAAGGGCAUCGUUGGUCAUGACGCAUCUGGAAGCAAUUUCGCUUAUUCGCUCCUUUUCUACUAUUUUUCUCUUCUCCAUACCGCUGACAACGCAGCAAAUUGUUAGAGAUUCUGCCGAUGGCUUACGCUUCGCAAAUUUUGCCAGACACGAAAAGCAAAGACUGGAUACCAACCAGCUACAGUCCAGCACUGCCAAUGAGUACACAGAAUGCUUAGAGAGAUGUUUGGUUCACGAAAGCUGCACAUCACUCAAUUAUGGUGGAAAUGAGGGUGCCGAGUGUCAGCUAUUGGAGGCUAACAAGCACGAUUCUCCCGAAAAGAUGAAGUUCGAUGAGACAUUUGUGCAUUUCUCGCUAAAGGUAAGAGAAAGUUUGGCCCAUUUUAAGCGUUUUGAAUAAUAACCAAACAUCACAAGUUUAUAACCUCUUUAUAAUAUCUUGCCAGACAUGAUUUUGCUACAUUUUACUCCAAUAUGAACCUCUACGAACUUUUUUUUCGAAGGACCAAAUGGGCAGAAAUAAAGUCAACAAAUUUUAAAUUUAAAAUAAGAAAGAUGGUUAGUUUUGAACACAGUUAACAAAUAGAGAAAUAUGUUUUUCGUCUUGUCACGAACGUGGGACAAAGAAAAAAUUCUGUGUUCCAAUCAGGAAUCGAACCUCAGACCAUCGGAAUCCGCACUCCGAUGUUCUACUACUGAGCCAAAGAGACUCUAUGGUGAGCAAGGUCCAUUACGAAGUUAAUAUACAUGACAAGCGUCCUGUUUGCCGCUAGGAUCAGCGAUGUCGAUAGCGUCAUGUUUGUACACAGAAUUAGAAAUAUGGUAAGUUUUGAAUCGGAAGGUCUGAGGUUCGAUUCCUCGUGGGGAAUCAGAAUGUUCUUUCUUUCAGUCCCACGCUCGUGACACGAAGGAAAACAUCUUCUCUAAAUAUAAAAAUUUCUUCACGACUUUGCGGAAAAUUUAGAAAGUACUUAAUUAAAUAUAGUCAUGCAUAUCAGCUUGGAACUCAUAUCAGUUUUUCUCAAAUUCGAGUUUUAUAUACCUACUUUCCUUUUUCCAAAAAAAAAAAUAUAUAUAUAUAUAUGUGCAUUGCACGUAAAGAAAAUAGUUCUCAAAACAUUCAGCAACACAUCAGCUCUAAAGAAAGUUCAAUUUCAGUUAUGAAAGGAACUUGAAUGAACCACGAUAAGAGCCUUAAUAAGUUAUCUUUAAAAGGUAACUGAAUACUUCACAGCUGCUAAGUUGCAAAUUUAAAUUUUACCCCUAUUUAUACAUUGAAUUCUAAAUUGAAAGGUUUAAAUAUUUAAUAUGUCUACCAGUUUUACCGCAAAAUUAAAGAGGAAUUCUCAGAAAAAUUUAAUUAAAAAGUUUUAAGAUCUGGUCAUUAGCGUAAGAUAAAUGAAAUAAAAAACGAGUGCUGCCCUAAUUACUUAGCAAGACGCUCCUGUUUCACUUCAAUCGCAAAGCGUUAGUCUAACGAACUCUAUCAUUUCAUUAUUUUUACAAAAUCAACGGUCUGCACCGAUAGAUAACAAACAAAGAUCACCUAUUCAAAAGACAUGGCGACAUCUUCCUCAAGUCAAUUCAAAGUCAAAAGAAAAAUUUCUAGUUAAACUUUUUUGGACCCUUUUGGUGAAGAAUAUUAAUUAUUAUUAACUUUUCGAGCUAGCCGAUCGGCGCACACGAGAGCACUUAACAUCCGUGUGGUAUAUAAUAAUCGCCAGAUACUUAGACCUUGCGGCCGAUGUGAUUAAAGCCUCCCAAUAAGUUGAAAGAGCAUUUAUAGCUAUUGCUAUCGAAAAGUAGACAAACUUAUUUGUUUUAAAAAAAGUCGCUUUGUAAAGUCAAGCCUUGUAUUGCUUCGCCUGCUUGGAAAUAGCGAACUUAGUGGUUUUUGAACGCUAAAAUGUUGAGAUUCAGGCCUGAAAGAAUAUUUAAGUGGCUGUAAAGAUGCAAAAUUCUUGUUAUACAUUAAUUUCCUGUCUCUGUUACAGAGCCCUUGCGACAAUAAACCAUGUUUAAAUAGAGAAAACUGUAUCCCAGACUACCAAAAAGAUACCUACCGAUGUCGUUGCCCUUGGCAAUACAAAGUUUUGGAAAACUGUCAAAAAGGUGAGGUCAUUUGGUUUUUCUUACAAAAAAUAGUUUUUAAAUAGUUUUUAGAAGUGAAAUUUGUCUUCUAGGCGUUUGCUAAUGAAAGAAAAAAAAUCUCAGAACUCUUCCAUAUUUAUAAGAAAAAUAUGUGUAUUCCGCUGGUAUAAAUACCCCACCCCCCCCCCGGCAAAGUUCAAAUUUCCCACCCCUGGGGCGCGGACGACAGUCAAAUACCCUCUGGGUUACCUUAGAGGGGGGGGGGAUGUUGAAACUUCAAAUAGAUCGACUUACUUAUUUUUAACUACUUGAUUACUGAAGUUACAAUUGGCUUAUCAGUACAUGCAGGAUAAAUAACCGAAGACUCUGAAAACCAUGUGAGUCACAGAUAAAAGUAAAGACCUUAUGUGAUAUGCAAACGAGUGUAAGCAAACUUUACGACGCGCCCGGGGUGGGAAGGUGUAUGCUUUUAACCCUUUUACUCCGUUGAAUGACCAAGACAGAAUUUCUCUUUACAAUAUUAAUACAGUAUCAGGCAGCCAAGUGAUGAGAAUGAAGAGAAAUAUCAAUUACGGGAUUAUCAGUUGAUCCAGUACCUAAUUCUCCAAACUAAUAUCAUAGGAGUUAUAUGGCAAACAGUUAGAAGAACUACUAAUGAGAUCCUGAGAGUGAAAGAGUUACGGCAUCUAUUACUGGAAACAUGAAGGUUAUUACCAUAGGAUCGACGGAUUUGAUUGAACCUUUGAGCUACCAUUACAAAAGUUGUACUUUUUCAAUUCAAAUUAGCCAAGGGGAGAGUCAUACACAUCCCUGGUGUUUCAGCGUGUUUCAUUGUUUGUACUCGUAGGUCGAAUCCUUCCGUCCGCCGAUGGAGACUGGAUUGCCUUCUGGUGGUAUGACGUUGGUACCACGUGGCCGUCAAAUGAAAAAGACGUCCUUGCUUACGAAUUUGGUUACUGCGAGCCACGUGAUCCGUACUGCUUUAGUCGGCUCCCUGCAGAUUCUAAAGCAGAUCUCACUGAAAUGCUUGCAGUUGACUCAGAAGGUACCGCGUACAAGUGGAAUUUCAGUUCUAACGCUUCAGCUACCAGUGCAGCUUGGCGGGCGUUUCAUGAUCACAAGGAGGUAAACCAAGGAGAGAGCGUAGGCAUACUUGCAUGGAAUCCAGAAGUGCUGAACGGUAGCGAGCCGAAAGAUGACCAACGUGCAUUCAUGUACCGUGAGCAGAAUGGAGUCAAGUCGGUGCUGUUGGAUGACGAUUACUGUGAUUGUCAUUCAACCCUAAGUCUCGGACACGGUAUGUGUCUAUCUAAUCAUAAUCCUGUUUAUUCUGACGUCAACAGUUUUGGCGUGGAUGCACUUUAUGAUCCCGGCUGUCACGGACCAAGAUCAGGUAUUGGUCUUACGCUGUAUGUCCGCAGAAAAACUCCUAAUUAAUACUCAUCAUGACUAAAUGAUAACCUCUACGUAUUUUCUUCAGUAACUUA